CCGCUACCGCUCUCAAACUGCAAAAUGUCUCCUCGCUCAACCCACUAUAAAUACCACCAUUAAUCAUCCAUCUCAAAACCACCUUCCUUUCCUUAACAAUCACCUUAUCACCUUCCGAUACAAAGUGAUAAAGGUUAUAUUGUUUAUUCAUAGCAAUCAGGACUUGCCAUGGCUACUAGUGCUUAUGUGUUGAUGAUUAGCAUGAUGAUGCCCAUCUUUUUGGCUUCGUUUGUCUCUGCAGACCCUGACUUGCUUCAAGAUGUCUGUGUUGCAGAUCUUGCCUCAGAUAUAAAAUUGAACGGAUUUCCCUGCAAAAGCAACAUUACUGCAGACGAUUUUUUCUUUGCGGGGCUAGUGAAGGCAGCUCUCACUAAAAACACAUUCGGUGCAACUGUUACACCUGCUUUUGUCCAACAAGUCCCCUGGGCUUAA